AUGGUAAUAGCAGCAGAUAACGCUUGUGCAACUGUCGACAAAAUUGAUAAUCACUCUAUUUAUUAUAACAAUAGCACUAAAAUGGAUAAUAUUUCUAAUGUUAAUUUUUAUACUACGGAAACAGUGAAAGUAUUGCAAGAAAUUAUUUUAACAAAUAACAAGCAAGGAGAUAUAUAUGAAGCCGAAUGCACUGAUUUGUCGGCGAUCCUUAAACAAUGGCGGAAAAAAACAAUAUUAAAGAAUAACAGUAAUACAGUGGAAGAAAAUUUCAAUCGGAUGUCUAAAAAAAAUUUAGGUUUAGUAAAUAUAGAAGAGGCACGGUACAAAUCGAAGUCUGUUCCUAUGAGAAAUCAUGAAGUCAGUUAUCCUUAUCCUUUCACAGAUUAUAUUCAUCCACGUUUUUGCGCCGAUUUUUCAUCUAUAAGUACUUAUAGCAAGCCGCAUCAUCGAUUAGUCAGAAAUCUGAAAUCAAUUACAGUUAAUUAUGAAUCGCAUUUAAGAAGAAAAAAAAGUACUAGAAUCAAAAGAGAUAUAGAUGAAAUAACACCAGAUUUUAAGAAAGAACUUACUGCGUAUCAAGAAGUGAUAAAAUUAGUAACAGAACCAUAUAUUGAAUCACAGUUAACAUAUAAUACUGAACAUCAAAAUGAAAUAGAUAUAUUACAGACAACAUUAAGUUGGCAAGAAGAACAAAUAGAUAUUGCAACACCUACAACAACUGUAGAAACAUAUAGAUUCCGUACACCAGAAAGAAUGCAUAUAAAAAUACCAAUACCAUUCUGGACUGAGACAGAAAGUACAGUCGAAACCACAACAACUACGGUAUAUACUACAACCACUACUGAACUUACUACAAUAAAAGAAACAAUUAUAACAACAACAACAUCACGAGAAACAACAAUAACGGAAACAACAACUAUCACAACGCCAGAAACUACAACAGAAACAACAAAAAUAAUUACAACUACGGUGGCUCCUACCACAACUGAAGAAACGACUAUAAAAACAACAACAUCACCAGAAACAACCAUCACCACAACAUCUGUGACAGAAACUACAACGAAAAGUCCAACUCCGCCAACCACUACAACUACUGUAGUUCCUACUACAACUGAAGAAACAACUGUAACUACAACAACGUCGCCAGAAACAACAAUUACACCAACAACUACUUCAACAUUUCUACCAGAAACUACAACGGAAAGUACAACUCCGCCAACCACUACAAUUACUACAGCUCCUACAACAACUGAGGAAACGACUCAAACGACGACAACAUCUCCAGAAACAACUACAACAACAAUUACUACCACAACACCUAUGCCAGAAACUACAACAAAAAGUCCCACUCCGCCAACCACUACGACAACUGUAGUUCCUACCACAACUGAAGAAACAACUGUAACUACGACAACGUCGCCAGAAACUACAACUACACCAAGAACUACUACCACAACAUCUAUGCCAGAAACUACAACGGAAAGCACAACUCCGCUAACAACUACAACUACAGUAGUUCCCACCACAACUGAAGAAACGACUGUAACCACAACAACAUCGCCAGAAACAACUACAACAACGACUAUUACAACAACAUCUAUGACAGAAACUACAACAGAAAGUCCAACUCCACCGACCACUACAACUACCAAAGUUCCUACCACAACUGAAGAAACAACUGUAACUACGACAACAUCGCCUGAAACAACAACUACACCAACAACUAUUACUACAACUACAGCAAAAAUUACUACUACAACACCUACGCCAGAAACUACAACGGAAAGUACAACUCUGCCAACCACUACGACUAGUAUAGCUCCUACUACAACUACAGAAACAAUUAUAACCACGACAACGACACCAGAAACCACAACUACACUAACAAUCACUACCACAACACCUCUACCAGAAACUACAAUAAAAAGUCCAACUCCGCCAACCACUACAACGACUGUAGUUCCUACCACAACUGAAGAAACAACUGUAACUACGACAACGUCGCCAGAAACUACAACUACAUCAAGAACUACUACCACAACACCUGUGCCAGAAACUACAACGGAAAGCACAACUCCGCCAACAACUACAACUACUGUCAUUCCUACCACAACUGAGAAAACAACUGUAAUUACAACAACGUCGCCAGAAACAACGACAAUUACCACAACAUCUUUGACAGAAACAACAACAGAAAGUCCAACUCCGUCACCCACUACAACUACUAAAGUUCCUACCACAACUGAAGAAACAACUGCAACCACGACAACGUCGCCAGAAACAACAACUACACUAACAACUAUUACUACAACUACAUUAACAAUCAUUACCACAACACCUGUACAGGAAACUACAACGGAAACCACAACUCCACCAACAACUACAACUACUGUAGUUACUACUACAACCGAAGAAACAACUAUAACCACGACAACAUCGCCUGAAACAACAACUAUACCAACAACUACUACCACAACACCUAUGCCAGAAACUACAACGGAAAGUCCAACUCCACCAACCACUACCACUACUGUAGUUACUACUACAACUGAAGAAACAACUGCAACCACGACAACAUCGCCGGAAACAACAACUACACCAACAACUAUUACUACAACACCUACGCCAGAAACUACAACGGAAAGUACAACACCGCCAACCACUACAACUACUGUAGCUCCUACUACAACGGAAGAAACGAUUGCAACCACGACAACAUCGCCAGAAACAACUACAACAACCAUUACUACCACAACAUCUACGCCAGAAACUACAACCGAAAGUCCAACUCUGCCAACCACUACAACUACUGUCGUUCCUACUACAACUGAAGAAACAACAUUAACCACGACAACAUCGCCGGAAACAACUACAACAACGACUAUUACCCCAACACCUGUGCCAGCAACUACAACGGAAAGUCCAACUCCGCCAACCACUACAACUACUGUAGUUCCAACUACAACCGAAGAAACAAUUAUAACCACGACAACGUCUCCUGAAACAACAACUAUACCAACAACUACUACCACAACACCUAUGCCAGAAACUACAACGGAAAGUCCAACUCCACCAACCACAACCACUACUGUAGUUACUACUACAACUGAAGAAACAACUGCAACCACGACAACAUCGCCAGAAACUACAACUACAGCAACUACUAUCACUACAACACCUAUACCAGAAACUACAACAGAAAGUACAACACCGCUGACUACUACAACUACUAUAGUUCCUACUACAACCGAAGAAACAACUGUAACUACGACGACGUCGCCAGAAACUACAACUACACCAACAACUAUUACAACAACACCUACGCCAGAAACUACAACGGAAAGUACAACACCGCCAACUACUACAACUACUGUAGCUCCUACUACAACUGAAGAAACUAUUGCAACCACGACAACAUCACCAGAAACAACUACAACAACAAUUACUACCACAACAUCUACGCCAGAAACUACAACCGAAAGUCCAACUCUGCCAACCACUACAACUACUGUCGUUCCUACUGAAGAAACAACAUUAACCACGACAACAUCGCCGGAAACAACUACAACAACGACUAUUACCCCAACACCUGUGCCAACAACUACAACGGAAAGUCCAACUGCGCCAACCACUACAACUACUGUAGUUCCAACUACAACCGAAGAAACAACUAUAACCACGACAACAUCGCCUGAAACAACUACUAUACCAACAACUACUACUACAACACCUAUGCCAGAAACUACAACGGAAAGUGCAACUCCACCAACCACUACCACUACUGUAGUUACUACUGCAACUGAAGAAACAACUGCAACCACGACAACAUCGCCGGAAACUACAACUACUGCAACUACUAUUACUACAACACCUAUACCAGAAACUACAACAGAAAGUACAACACCGCCGACUACUACAACUACUGUAAUUCCUACUACAACCGCCGAAACAACUGUAACUACGACGACGUCGCCAGAAAGUACAACUACACCAACAACUAUCACUACAACACCUACGCCAGAAACUACAACGGAAAGUACAACUUUGACAACCACUACAACUACUAUAGCUCCUACUACAACUGAAAAAACAACGGUAACUACAACAACAUCGCUAGAAACAACUACGACAACAAUUACUACCACAACAUCUACGCCAGAAACUACAACCGAAAGUCCAAUUCUGCCAACCACUACAACUACAGUAAUUCCUACUACAACUGAAGAAACAACUUUAACCACGACAACAUCGCCGGAAACAACUACAACAACGACUAUUAUCCCAACACCUGUGCCAACAACUACAACGGAAAGCCCAACUCCGCCAACCACUACAACUACUAUGAUUCCAACUACAACCGAAGAAACAACUAUAACCACGACAACAUCGCCUGAAACAACUACACCAACAACUACUAUCACAACACCUAUGCCAGAAACUACAACGGAAAGUCCGACACCGCCGACCACUACGACUGAGGUUACUCCUACUACAACUGAAGAAACAACUGUAACCACGACAACAUCGCCGGAAACUACAACUACUGCAACAACUAUUAUUACAACACCUGUACCAGAAACUACAACGGAAAGUACAACACCGGCAACUACUACAACUACUGUAGUUCCUACUACAACCGAAGAAACAACUGUAACUACGACAACAUCGCCAGAAACAACUACAACAACAAUUACUACAACAACAACUACGCCAGAAACUACAACGGAAAGUACAACUCUGCCAACCACUACAACUACUGUCGUUCCUACUACAACUGAAGAAACAACAUUAACCACGAUAACUACGCCUGAAACAACUACACCAACGACUAUUACCACAACAUUUAUACCAGAAAUUACAACCGAAAGUCCAACUCUGCCAACCACUACAACUACUGUAGUUCCAACUACAACCGAAGAAACAACUAUAACCACGACAACAUUACCUGAAACAACAACUAUACCAACAAUUACUACUACAACACCUAUGCCAGAAACUACAACGGAAAGUCCAACUCCACCAACCACUACCACUACUGUAGUUACUACUACAACUGAAGAAACAACUGCAACCACAGCAACAUCGCCUGAAACUACAACUACUGCAUCUACUAUUACUACAACACCUAUACCAGAAACAACAACAGAAAGUACAACACCGCCGACUACUACAACUACUGUUGUUCCUACUACAACCAGAGAAACAACUGCAACUACGACGACGUCGCCAGAAACUACAACUACACAAACAACUAUUACUACAACACCUACGCCAGAAACUACAACGGAAAGUACAACACCGCCAACUACUACAACUACUGUAGCUCCUACUACAACUGAAGAAACGAUUGCAACCACGACAACAUCGCCAGAAACAACUACAACAACAAUUACUACCACAACAUCUACGCCAGAAACUACAACCGAAAGUCCAACUCUGCCAACUACUACAACUACUGUCGUUCCUACUACAACUGAAGAAACAACAUUAACCACGAUAACAUCGCCGGAAACAACUACAACAACGUAUAUUACCCCAACACCUGUGCCAGCAACUACAACGGAAGUUCCAACUCCGCCAACCACUACAACUACUGUAGUUCCAACUACAACCGAAGAAACAACUAUAACCACGACAACGUCGCCUGAAACAACAACUAUACCAACAACUACUACCACAACACCUAUGCCAGAAACUACAACGGAAAGUCCAACUCCACCAACCACUAACACUACUGUAGUUAUUACUACAACUGAAGAAACAACUGCAACCACGACAACAUCGCCGGAAACAACAACAAUACCAACAACCAUUACCACAACACCUAUGCCAGAAACUACAACGGAAAGUCCAACUCCGCCGACCACUACGACUGAGGUUACUCCUACUACAAUUGAAGAAACAAUUUUCACUACGACAACAUCGCCGGAAACAACAACCACACCAACAACUAUUACCACAACAGCUACGCCAGAAACUACAACGGAAAGUCCAACUCCGCCAACCACUACAACUACUAUAGUUCCUACUACGACUGAAGAAACAACUGUAACCACGACAACAUUGCCGGAAACAACUACACCAACAACUGUUACUAUAACACUUAUACCAGAAACUACAACAGAAAGUCCAACUCUAUUACCUACAACAACUGAAAUUACUUCUACCACAACUGAAGAAACAACUACAAUUACGACAACAUCGCCGGAAACAACAAUUACACCAACAACUAUUACUACAACACCUACGCCAGAAACUACAACGGAAAGUCCAACUCUAUCAACUACAUCAACUGAAGUUACUCCUACCACAACUGAAGAAACAACUGCAACUACGACAACAUCGCCGGAAACAACAAUUACACCAACAACUACUACCACAAUACUUACGCCAGAAACUACAACGAAAAGUCCAACUCCGCCGACCACUACGACUGAGGUUACUCCUACUACAACUGAAGAAACAACUCUAACGACGAGAACAUUGCCGGAAACUACAACUACACCAACGACUAUUACUACAAUAUUUAUACCAGAAAUUAUAACGGAAAGUCCAACUCUGCCAAUUACUACAACUACUGUAAUUCCUACCACAACUGAAGAAACAACUGCGACCAUGACAACAACGCCAGAAACAACAACAGCAUCAAUAAUUACUACCACAACACCUACGCCAGAAACUACGGCGGAAACUUUAACUCCGCCAACCACUACAACUACUGUAGUUCCUACUACAACUGAAGAAACAACUGUAACCAUGACAACAUCGCCGGAAACAACUACACCAACGACUAUUACUACAAUAUUUAUACCAGAAAUUACAACCGUAAGUCCAACUCUGCCAACCACUACAACUACUGUAGUUCCUACUACAACCGAAGAAACAACUGUAACCACGACAACAUCGCCUGAAACAACAAUUACACCAACAACCAUUAUCACAACACUUACGCCAGAAACUACGACGGAAAUUUUAACUCCGCCAACCACUACAACUACUGUAAUUCCUACUACAACUGAAGAAACAACUGUAACUACGUCAACAUCGCCGGAAACAACUACACCAACAACUAUUACUACAAUAUUUUUACCAGAAACUACAACGGAAAGUCCAACUCCGCCAACCACUACAACUGCUGUAGUUCCUACUACAACUGAAGAAACAACUGUAACUACAAUGUCGCCAGAAACUACAACAGAAAGUCCAACUCUACCACCUACAACAACUGAGGUUGUUCCUACCACAACUGAAGAAACAACUGUAACCACAACAACGUCACCAAAAACAACAACUGCACUAACUACUAUUACUACAACACCUUUUCCAGAAACUACAACGGAAAUCACAACUGCGCCACUCACUACAACUCCUGCAAUUCGUACCACCACUGAAGAAACCACUGCAACUACGACUACGUCGCCAGAAACAACAACUACACGAACUACAAUGACCGCAACUCCUGUGCCGGAAACUACCACGGAACGUCCAACUCUGCCACCCACUACAACAACGGUGACCCCUACUACGAUUAAAGAAGUUACCAUAACUACAACAACAUCGCCGGAAACAACAACUAAACCAAUGACUACUACUACAACGUCUGUGACAGAGACUACAACCGAAAGUACAAUUGCGCCAACAACUACACCUACUGAAGUUCCUACUACCACUGAAGAAACUACUGCAACUACGACAACGACCUCAGAAACAAUAACUACAGCAACAACUAUUACCACAACACCGGUAACAGAAACUACGGAAAGUCCAACUGUGUCUCCCACCACAACUGAGGUUACCCCUACUACCACUGAAGAAACUACUGCAACCACAACGUCGCUAGAAACAAUUACUCCAACGACUAUUACCACAACAACUGUGCCAGAAAUUACAACUACUGAGAUAACUACGGCUGUAAUUCCACCAACAACCAUUGAAAUAGUUAUUCUCGAAACGUUACCUUUUACCACUACAGUAAUUACACCAAAAAUAGAGAUUACGACUACAACUACGGAAACACCUUCCGUUACUACUUUAACAACAGAAACUACAACAGUGACCACACUCUUAACUACUGUAACAACGGAAAAAAUAACAGAAACGACGGAAAUAACUCCCACUACCACGACUACAGUAACUACACCAAUAAUAGUUGUUAAUACAACUACGGAAACGCCUUUCAUUAUUACGUUAACAAUAGAAACCACAACUGAGACUACAAUUCUCACGACAGUGACCACUCCAGUUACUACUAUAACAACGGAAACAACUCCUAUUACUCCCACUACAGUAAUUACACCACUAAUAGAGGUUACAACUACCACUACAGAAACACCGUUCAUUAUUAUUUUAACAACGGAAACCACAACUGAAACUGUUACAACAGUGACUACUCCUAUAACUACUGUAACAACGGAAAAAACAACAGAAACGAUGGAAAUAACUCCCACUACCACGACUACAGUGACUACACCAAUAAUAGAAGUUAACACCACUACGGAAACGCCUUUCAUUAUUACGUUAACAACAGAAACCACAACUGAGACUACAAUUCUCACGACAGUGACCACUCCAGUUACUAAUAUAACAACGGAAACAACUCCUAUUACUCCCACUACAGUAAUUACACCAAUAAUAGUGGUUACAACUACCACUACAGAAACACCGUUCAUUAUUAUUUUAACAACGGAAACCACAACUGAAACUGUUACAACAGUGACAACUCCUAUAACUACUAUAACAACAGAAACAACAGAAACGACGGAAAUAACUCCCACUACCACAACUACAGUGACUACACCAAUAAUAGAAGUUAACACCACUACGGAAACGCCUUUCAUUAUUACGUUAACAACAGAAACCACAACUGAGACUACAAUUCUCACGACAGUGACCACUCCAGUUACUACUAUAACAACGGAAACAACUCCUAUUACUCCUACUACAGUAAUUACACCAACAAUAGAGGUUAUAACUACCACUACAGAAACACCGUUCGUUAUUACUUUAACAACGGAAACCAUAACUGAAACUGUUACAACAACAGUGACUACUCCUAUAACUACUGUAACAACAGAAACAACAGAAACGACGGAAAUAACUCCCACUACCACGACUACAGUAACUACACCAAUAAUAGAAGUUAUUAACACAACUACGGAGACGCCUUUCAUUACUACGUUAACAACAGAAACGAUGACUGAGACUACAAUUUUCACAACUAUUACUACUCCAAUAAUCACAGUAACAACUGAAACAACGGAAACCACUGAAACAACGGAAACAAUUCCUAUUACUACUACUAUAAUAACAACACCAAUAAUAGAAAUUAUAAACACGACUACGGAAACACCUUUUAUCACUACCAUAACAACAGAAACUACAACUGAGACUACAAUUUUCACGACUGUUACUACUCCAAUAACCACUGUAAUAACUGUAACAACAGAAACUACGGAAACGACAGAAACAAUUCCUACAACUACUCCUACAAUUACUACACCAAUAGUAGAAAUUAUAAACACGACGACAGAAACACCUUUUAUCACUACCAUAACAACAGAAACUACAACUGAGACUACAAUUUUCACGACUGUUACUACUCUAAUAACCACUAUAACAACUGAAACAACGGAAACCACGGAAACGACAGAAACAAUUCCUAUUACUACUCCUACAAUUACUACACCAAUAGUAGAAAUUAUAAACACGACGACAGAAACACCUUUUAUCACUACCAUAACAACAGAAACUACAACUGAGACUACAAUUUUCACGACUGUUACUACUCCAAUAACCACUGUAACAACUGAAACCACGGAAACAACAGAAACCACGGAAACGACAGAAACCACGGAAACGACGGAAACCACGGAAACGACGGAAACCACGGAAACGACGGAAACCACGGAAACGACGGAAACCACGGAAACGACGGAAACCACGGAAACGACGGAAACCACGGAAACGACGGAAACCACGGAAACGACGGAAACCACGGAAACGACGGAAACCACGGAAACGACGGAAACCACGGAAACGACGGAAACCACGGAAACGACGGAAACCACGGAAACGACGGAAACCACGGAAACGACGGAAACCACGGAAACGACGGAAACCACGGAAACGACGGAAACCACGGAAACGACGGAAACCACGGAAACGACGGAAACCACGGAAACGACGGAAACCACGGAAACGACGGAAACCACGGAAACGACAGAAACAAUUCCUACUACUACUCCUACAAUUACUACACCAAUAAUAGAAAUUAUAAACACGACGACGGAAACACCUUUUAUCACUACUAUAACAACAGAAACUAUAACUGAGACUACAAUUUUCACGACUGUUACUACUCCAAUAACCACUGUAACAACUGUAACAACAGAAACUACGGAAACGACAGAAACAAUUCCUAUUACUAUUCCUACAAUUACUACACCAAUAAUAGAAAUUAUAAACACGACGACGGAAACACCUUUUAUCACUACUUUAACAACAGAAACCACGACAAUUAUAACUCCUAUAAUAACUGCAAUAAUUGAAAUAACUCCCAUUACGACUACUUUAAUAACUACACCAAUAAUAGAAAUUAUAAAUACUACUACGGAAACAGCUUUUAUUACUACAGGAACUACAAUUGAAACUACACCAUUUAUUAUUUCUCCAAUUGUAACAACUGAAACAAUGCCAAUUAUCGUAACUGAAAUAACGGAAACUACUUUCCAUAUUAUCGAAAUCGUGAAUAUAACAAUAGAAACACCAAUUAUCACAACAGAAAUAAUUGAGAUUACAACGUAUCCAGUUGUUACAACAACUCCAUUUAUUGUGACAACCGAAACAACUUUUUUUGUCAUCAUGGAAAUUACCACUCCUCCUAUUGAAGUUAUAAAUGUGACUACCGAAUGGCCAUUGAUUACUACUAUAGAGAUCAUUACUGAGUCUAUAAUUGUAACAACAGAAAUUACUGAAACAACUUUUUCUGUCAUCAUGGAAAUUACUACACCUAUUAUUGAAAUUAUAAAUAUAACUGCUGAAACGACAGAAACUAUUACUACUGAAACUACAUUCCAUAUUAUUGAAGUUACAAAUAUAACCAUAGAAACUCCAUUUAUCACGACAGAGACAACGGAGACUACAACGAAGUAUCCAAUUGUUACGACAGAAACUACUCCAUUUAUUGUGACAACCGAAACAACUUUUUCUGUCAUCAUGGAAAUUACUACACCUAUUAUUGAAAUCAUAAAUAUAACUGCUGAAACGACAGAAACUAUUACUACUGAAACUACAUUCCAUAUUAUUGAAGUUACAAAUAUAACCAUAAAAACUCCAUUUAUCACGACAGAGACAACGGAGACUACAACGAAGUAUCCAAUUGUUACGACAGAAACUACUCCAUUUAUUGUGACAACCGAAACAACUUUUUCUGUCAUCAUGGAAAUUACUACACCUAUUAUUGAAGUUAUAAAUAUAACUACUGAAACGACAGAAACUAUUACUACUGAAACUACAGAGACCACUGAAUCUGUAAUUAUAACAACUAAAACAACGGAAACUACAUUCCACGUUAUUGAAGUUACGAAUAUAACCACAGAAACUCCAUUUAUUACGACAGAAACAACGGAGACUACAACGAAAUAUCCAAUUGUUACGACAGAAACUAUUCCAUUUAUUGUGAUAAAUGAAACAACAGAAACUACAUUACAUAUUAUUGAAGUUACGAAUAUAACUAUAGAAACUCCAUUUAUUACGACAGAAACAAUAAAGACUACAACAAAGUAUCCAAUUGUUACGAUAGAAAUUACUCCAUUUAUUGUGACAACUGAAACAACUACAUUACAUAUUAUUGAAGUUACGAAUAUAACUAUAGAAACUCCAACACCUACAGAAACGCCAGAGACUACAAUUGAAUAUCCAACAGUUCUCAUAACAACUGAAACAACUUCUUCUGUUUUAGUAGAAAUUACCACACCUAUCAUAGAACUUAUAAAUGUGACUACCAUAACUCCAUACAUUACUACUGAAACCAUAGAAACCACUACUGAAUUAAUAGUUACUACUGUAGAAUAUCCUAUUAUAAUUACUACAUCAACGAUAAUGCCUUGGGAAAUUACCACUCCCUAUCCUGUAAUCGAAACAGUUACCACAACUGUCACUCCAGAAACCACAACUGAAAUAACUGAAGUAACGGAAUAUGAAGAAUAUGAAGAAUAUGAAGAGGAAGAAACAGUCAGUCCAGAUUGGGAAGAAUAUGUGGAAAAAACAACAGAGACUACAACAAAAUAUCCAAUUGUUACGAUAGAAACUACUCCAUCUAUUGUAACAACUGAAACAACAGAGAUUACAACGAAAUAUCCUGUUGUUACUAUAGAAACUACUGAAUCUAUAAUCACGACACCGACACCACCAAUCGAGACUACUACGAAAGAAGUUAUUAAAGUAGAAGUAACAAUACCUAAAAUAGAUGUUAACAUAACUACUCCUUUCAUACCGAUUCCUGAAAUAGUUUCUACUUCACCAUUAUUUACAACAUUUACAUAUACUUUAGCACCUACUUUGGAAUUUACUACGGAAUCUUUGCCCUUCGAAUAUGAAGAUAAUAUUACUGAUAUAACUUUUACUCCUUUUAUACCUCCACCUACCACAAAACCAAUUAUAAUUACUCCUUUAAUUAUAACUCCGAUUAUAACAUUAACUACUCCGACUAUAACAUUAACUACUCCGAUUAUAACGUUAACUACUCCGACUAUAAUGUUAGUUACUCCAAUUAUAACGUUAACUACUCCGAAUAUAACAUUAACUACUCCGACUAUAACGUUAACUACUCCGACUAUAACGUUAACUACUCCGAUUAUAACAUUAACUACUCCGACUAUAACGUUAACUACUCCGACUAUAACGUUAACUACUCCGAUUAUAACGUUAACUACUUCGACUAUAAUUACUCCAGAGAAAAUCAUUCCCAAAAUCACUCCCGUACCAACUGUAGUCGAAUUUACACCCAUCACAGAUGACAGUCAAAAACAAAAAAUGAUGAAGGCUUAUGUUGCCACUAAAGCAAUAGAAGCUUUACAUGAAAUAACACAAACGACUAUCGGUGAGCAUGCGAUAGAUAUUGAUACGACGAGACCCAAAAUGAAAAUGAUUACUCUUUCUCCCUUUUUGACGACCGAUGCAUUUGAGAAAAGACUUAGAAUGUUAGAGAUAGAGUUUUGGGAGAGAGAAAAAUGGAUAAAGGAGCUAGAGAGGAGAUUACUGGAAAGAGAAAAGAGAUUCAAGAAAGAUCAGGAAGAUUUUGAAAAAUUAGUGAGAGAAACUUCUGAACCAACAGAAACAAUACGAGAUUGUUGUUUGCGUACGACGCCACUUUUCUCGCCACUUCCACCUACGGAAAGAACAACGAUUGAUAUUCGAGAACCAACUAUUACACCUAUAAAAGACAUUACUAUAAGAACUACUAUCACCGAGGAAGAGAAAGAAAUAGAGAAAGAAACAGUGACCAAAGAAACAAUGACUGAAGAAACAGUAGAAAGAUUGACGCCGAAAAGAUUUGUGACAACGAAGAAGUGUGUAACCGUUUUAAGAUCAAAAGUUGUUGGUAAAGACAUGGUGACCGAACGAGUUUGCGUACCAUACAUUUUAAGUAAGGAAGAAGAGGGGAAAACGAAAAUUGCCACAUUGCAUCUUGAAGAACACGAAUGGACAGAAGGCCCAUUUGUAACGGAUUAUAUGACACCGCAGACGGAAACUGAGGAAUACGAGAAUGAAAAUAAAGAAUCGGUCGAACAGAAUCGAAUUAAGCGAAAUAUUGGCAUUGAAAAUGCUGUUUGCCCCAAUUAUCAACUAUACAAUUUUACCAAUUGUUAUAAGAUGACGACGAGACGAAUACGAUACAUUCGAAGUAAGAAAGAUGGAAACACAAAAAUUGUCGUAUUGCAUCUUGAAGAGCACGAAUGGACCGAAGGUCCAUUUACAACAAAUUAUAUGACACCGCAGACAGAAAUCGAAGAAGUUGAUCGUGAAGAAAUGAUGGAGCGCGAAAGAUUUAAGCCAGAUAUAGACGAGAAAAAAACUGUUUGUUCAGAUUAUCCAUUGUACAAAAUUACUGACGAUAAGAUGAAGACAACCCAAACACCAACUAAAGACGAAGAAGAAAAAACAAAACUUUUUGCAUUGCGUCUUAAGGAGCAUGAGUGGAUGGAAGGUCCGUUUACAACGGAUUAUGUGACACCGCAGACGGAGAUCGAGGAGAACAAGAAUGAAAAUAAAAAAUCGAUCGAGCGGAAUCGAUUUAAGCGAAACAUUAAUGAAGAAAAUGCUUCGACAAAGAGUUUAACGAUCACUGAAACAUCGAGAAUCAAAUCUACGGAAAAAAUGAAUUGGAAAAUUGGUAAUAAUAGGUAUAAAGUUCGAUCGAUGUUGCAAAUUAUUGAAGAUGAAGAAGUAGAAAAUGAUGAUGAGACAAUAAUGAAACAAAAUGAAUGGAAUAAUAGAAUUUAUGAUUAUGAGAAUCAAGUUGAAAGAAAUCUAAGGCAAGAAGAGGAAGAAGAAGGAGAAGAAGAAUAUAAAGAAGAAGAAGAACAAGAACAAGAAUAUAAAGAAGAGGAAGAAGAAGAAGAAGAAAAAGAAGAAGAAGAAGAAUAUAAAGAAGAUUAUGAACCUGAGGAUAAAGAGGAUGAAGAAAUAGAAGAAACUACGGCACCAAAAGAAGAAGUAAUUGAAACACCAAUGAUAUAUACACCAGAGGAAGAAAAACCAAAACCCAAGAAAAUUCACGAAGAUGAAGAAGAAGAAGAAACAACUGAAGAAGAAAAAACCAGACAACCACCUGGACCAGAAUGGCCAACAGAACCUUUAACCAAUUACCAUGUGGGUGGUACUAGGACUUGGACGUUAGAAUAUCCAGAAGAGAAGCCACGCAAGCCAGAAGAUGAAGAAGAAGAGGAUUUUAAAAGGGUCGGCAAACGGCCGGAAAAAACAACUUGUUACUAUGUUGUUCUUACUAAAGAUAAGAAAAGACGUGAAAAGGAAAAUAGUACUUUAUUAACCCUUACAUUUAAUUCACAUGAUAAAACGCCAACAGCUUAA